AUGAUGCGCGCCCGGGGGAAGCUGCCCCCGUCCCUGGGGCGGCUGCUGCUGCUGCUGCUGACGGCGAGCGAGGUGGCGCCGCAGUCGUGCCCGGCGCAGUGCUCCUGCUCCGGGAGCACCGUGGACUGUCACGGGCUGGCGCUGCGCAACGUCCCGCGGAACAUCCCCCGCAACACCGAGAGGCUGGAUCUUAAUGGAAAUAACAUCACAAGAAUCACCAAGACCGACUUUGCUGGUCUAAGGCACCUUCGAGUUCUUCAGCUCAUGGAGAAUAAGAUCAGUACUAUCGAAAGAGGAGCGUUCCAGGAUUUAAAAGAACUGGAGAGGCUGCGUCUGAACAGAAAUAACCUUCAGUUGCUUUCUGAACUGCUCUUUCUGGGGACGCCAAAGUUAUACAGGCUUGAUCUUAGUGAAAAUUUGAUUCAAGCAAUACCAAGAAAGGCUUUUCGUGGAGCAGUAGACAUAAAAAAUCUGCAACUGGAUUACAACCAGAUCAGCUGUAUUGAAGACGGGGCGUUCAGGGCUCUGCGCGACCUGGAAGUGCUCACCCUCAACAAUAACAACAUCACUCGACUAUCCGUGGCAAGUUUCAAUCAUAUGCCCAAACUCAGAACUUUCCGACUUCACUCCAACAACCUCUACUGCGACUGCCACCUGGCCUGGCUCUCGGACUGGCUGCGGCAGCGGCCCCGCGUGGGGCUCUACACCCAGUGCAUGGGCCCGUCCCACCUCCGCGGGCACAACGUGGCCGAGGUUCAGAAACGGGAGUUUGUCUGCAGCGGUCAUCAGUCUUUCAUGGCUCCCUCCUGCAGUGUCUUGCAUUGCCCUACUGCAUGCACCUGUAGUAACAACAUUGUGGAUUGUCGUGGGAAAGGCCUUACUGAAAUCCCAACAAACCUUCCAGAAACCAUUACUGAAAUACGGUUAGAACAAAAUUCAAUCAAGGUCAUACCUCCUGGAGCAUUCUCACCAUAUAAAAAGCUUCGAAGAAUUGACCUGAGCAAUAAUCAGAUCUCUGAGGCAGCUCCAGAUGCUUUCCAGGGUUUACGUUCACUCAACUCACUUGUCCUCUAUGGCAAUAAAAUCACAGAACUUCCGAAGGGCCUCUUUGAAGGACUCUUUUCUCUGCAGUUGCUAUUAUUAAAUGCCAACAAGAUCAAUUGCCUGCGAGUUGAUGCUUUUCAAGAUCUGCACAACUUGAAUCUUCUUUCUUUGUAUGAUAACAAGCUUCAGACCAUUGCAAAAGGCACCUUCUCCCCCCUACGUGCCAUUCAGACUUUGCAUUUGGCUCAGAACCCAUUUAUCUGUGACUGCCAUCUGAAGUGGCUGGCGGAUUAUCUCCAUACAAACCCCAUAGAGACCAGCGGUGCCCGUUGCACCAGCCCCCGCCGUCUGGCAAACAAAAGGAUCGGCCAGAUCAAAAGCAAGAAAUUCCGCUGCUCAGGCACUGAAGAUUACCGGUCCAAAUUAAGUGGAGACUGCUUUGCAGAUUUGGCUUGCCCUGAAAAAUGUCGCUGUGAAGGGACCACGGUGGACUGCUCUAAUCAGAAACUCAACAAAAUCCCUGAUCACAUUCCCCAGUACACAGCAGAAUUGCGACUCAAUAACAAUGAAUUUUCAGUCCUAGAAGCUACUGGAAUCUUUAAGAAGCUUCCUCAGCUGCGUAAAAUAAAUCUGAGCAAUAACAAGAUUACAGAUAUCGAAGAAGGAGCAUUUGAUGGAGCCUCUGGUGUAAACGAACUGUUACUCACUAGCAAUCGCUUGGAAAGUGUUCGACACAAAAUGUUCAAAGGACUAGAAAGUCUCAAAACACUGAUGCUAAGAAGCAAUCGCAUAAGCUGUGUAGGAAACGACAGCUUCACAGGACUAAGUUCAGUUCGUUUGUUGUCGUUAUAUGACAACCAGAUUACUACCGUUGCACCAGGCUCCUUCGAUACACUUCAUUCCCUCUCUACAUUAAACCUCUUGGCCAAUCCCUUCAACUGUAACUGCCAUCUCGCGUGGCUUGGAGAUUGGCUAAGGAAGAAACGCAUCGUAACAGGAAACCCUCGCUGUCAAAAACCCUACUUCCUUAAGGAGAUUCCUAUCCAGGAUGUAGCCAUUCAGGAUUUUACUUGUGAUGACGGGAACGACGACAAUAGCUGCUCUCCGCUGUCCCGCUGCCCUGCAGAAUGUACUUGUCUAGACACAGUAGUUCGCUGCAGCAACAAAGGCCUAAAAGCUUUGCCUAAAGGCAUCCCAAAAGAUGUAACUGAACUUUAUUUGGAUGGAAAUCAGUUUACUCUUGUUCCGAAAGAGCUUUCUAACUACAAGCAUUUAACACUUAUAGAUUUAAGUAACAACAGAAUCAGCACUCUUUCUAAUCAGAGCUUCAGCAACAUGACUCAGCUGCUCACCUUAAUUCUUAGUUACAACCGCCUGAGGUGCAUCCCUGCACGGACUUUUGAUGGCUUGAAAUCACUUAGGUUGUUGUCCUUGCACGGCAAUGAUAUUUCUGUUGUUCCUGAAGGAGCUUUUAAUGAUCUUUCAGCAUUAUCACACCUGGCUAUUGGAGCAAAUCCUCUUUAUUGUGAUUGUAACAUGCAGUGGCUUUCUGACUGGGUAAAAUCAGAAUACAAGGAACCUGGUAUUGCACGUUGUGCUGGUCCUGGAGAAAUGGCAGAUAAACUUCUCCUCACAACUCCCUCAAAAAAAUUUACUUGCCAAGGGCCUGUGGAUGUUAAUAUUCUUGCCAAGUGUAACCCUUGCUUAUCAAAUCCAUGUAAAAAUGAUGGAACCUGCAACAAUGAUCCAGUUGACUUUUACAGAUGUACUUGCCCUUACGGUUUCAAGGGUCAAGACUGUGAUAUUCCCAUUCAUGCCUGCAUUAGUAACCCUUGCCUCCAUGGUGGAACUUGUCAUUUAAAAGAAGGAGAAAAAGAUGGUUUCUGGUGCACUUGUGCAGAUGGGUUUGAAGGUGAAAACUGUGAAGUUAAUGUUGAUGACUGUGAAGACAAUGACUGUGAAAACAAUUCUACUUGUGUGGAUGGGAUUAAUAACUAUACUUGCCUUUGUCCGCCGGAAUAUACAGGUGAGCUCUGUGAGGAGAAACUAGAUUUCUGUGCUCAGGACCUGAAUCUUUGCCAGCAUGACUCAAAGUGUAUCUUGACACCCAAAGGAUACAAAUGUGACUGCACACCUGGAUAUGUAGGUGAGCACUGUGAUAUCGACUUCGAUGACUGCCAGGACAACAAAUGUAAAAAUGGAGCACAGUGCACCGAUGCAGUUAAUGGAUAUACGUGUGUUUGCCCAGAAGGAUACAGUGGCCUGUUUUGUGAGUUUUCACCACCAAUGGUUCUACCUCGCACCAGUCCUUGUGAUAAUUAUGAAUGUCAGAAUGGAGCCCAGUGUAUCAUAAAAGAGAGUGAACCAAGAUGUCAGUGUUUAUCGGGCUACCAGGGUGAGAAGUGUGAAAAGCUGGUCAGUAUAAACUUUGUGAACAAGGAAUCCUAUCUACAAAUCCCUUCAGCUAAGAUACGCCCUCAAACCAACAUCACUCUGCAGAUUGCCACAGAUGAAGACAGUGGGAUCCUGUUGUACAAAGGCGAUAAGGAUCAUAUAGCAGUAGAGCUGUACCGUGGUAGAGUGAGGGUCAGUUACGACACAGGAUCUUAUCCAGCCUCUGCUAUUUACAGUGUGGAGACUAUUAAUGAUGGCAAUUUCCACAUUGUGGAGCUGCUAGCCAUGGACCAGAUUCUGUCCUUGUCUAUUGAUGGAGGGAGCCCCAAGAUAAUUACCAACUUGUCCAAGCAGUCCACUCUGAAUUUUGACUCUCCACUGUAUGUAGGAGGCAUGCCUGUGAAAAAUAACAUUGCAGCUUUACGCCAGUCUCCAGGACAGAAUGGCACCAGCUUCCAUGGUUGCAUCCGUAAUCUGUAUAUCAACAGUGAGCUCCAGGACUUCAGAAAUGUGCCUCUGCAAGUGGGGAUUCUUCCAGGUUGCGAGCCUUGCCAUAAGAAAGUGUGUGUGCAUGGGACAUGCCAGGCGACCAGCCAGUCGGGCUUUUCCUGCGAAUGUGAAGGAGGAUGGACUGGACCCCUCUGUGAUCAGCAAACUAACGACCCUUGUCUUGGAAAUAAAUGUGUGCAUGGUACCUGCUUGCCGAUCAAUGCGUUUUCAUACAGUUGUAAAUGCCUGCAGGGACAUGGGGGAGUCCUCUGUGAUGAAGAGGAAAUGCUGUUUAACCCCUGCCAAUCCAUCAGGUGUAAACACGGCAAAUGCAGGCUUUCAGGACUUGGAAAACCAUAUUGCGAAUGCAGCAGCGGAUACACAGGGGACAGCUGCGAUAAAGAAAUCUCUUGUCGAGGGGAACGAGUCCGAGAUUACUACCAAAAGCAGCAGGGGUAUGCUGCGUGCCAGACGACCAAGAAGGUAUCGAGACUAGAAUGUAAAGGAGGAUGUUCAAAUGGGCAGUGCUGUGGACCACUCAGGAGCAAGAGACGGAAAUAUUCUUUUGAAUGCACUGAUGGGUCCUCGUUUGUGGACGAGGUUGAAAAAGUGGUAAAGUGUGGCUGUACAAAUUGCCCCUCCUAAAUGUGUCCCUGUCACACUUGUCUUUUGAAAAUGUUGUAUACUUAUUGACCGUGUCGGACUAAUUAAUGCUUCAUAGUGGAAAUAUUUGAAAUAUAUUGUAAAAUACAGAACAGACUUAUUUUUAUUAUGAGAAUAAAGACUUUUUCUUCAUUUACAAAAAGAUUCAAGUGCUUGAACUGAGACUUCUCAUAACCAAGAGGAGCUUUGAAGAAAAAAAAGACCCGGUAACAUUUGCAACAGUGAUGGGAAACUUAACUGCUUUUAACAUGAAUUCUUCUUUAUAACGUGCUGAAGAUACACUGACACUAUACACAUGUGACUUUCAACUGACAGCUCAGAGAUGAAGUGUUGACCAGAACAUGAGGCUUGUUUUUACUUUCAUAUCAGUAUAUUUUAUUGUCUUGACAGACCAUACCAAUCACUUACCUAUGGAUGAGGAAGCAUUAUGAGUGAAAAGAAUGAGAUUAUACAGAAAUAACAAUUGUAUUAGAUACGUUCUAUGUUUUGGAAUUAUUAAGGAUCUUGAGAAGAUGGAGUCCCACUUAGUGGAUGGGAAAUGGGAGAUACAAGAAUAUACUAUAAUCCUGAAAUCUCCUGAUGAUGUAUACUUUUAUGUCAGCAUGUUAGCAAAAGAAGCAUACAGAAAGUGUUUAUCUGCCCUUUUCCAGUAUUAAUUUUUUGUAAUAUAAAUGUUAUGGGGAUGAUAAAAAUAGAUUAUUGAUGGAUAAAUUAGUAAUAAUAUGGAUUUCUGUUUCUAUGAGUUCUAAACAACUCUAUACAGUAUUCGGUUUCAUUGAGAAAUAUUUAUUGUAUCAAAGUACUUUGUACUUAACCCUUUUA